CGGGCUAGCAGGGAACCAACUGUGAUGACGAUAUUGACGAGUGCAUGCAGGACCGUUGCAAGAAUGGAGCCACUUGCGCAAACUUCCUCGGAGGGUACAACUGUACGUGCGCACCGGGCUGGCAGGGAACCAACUGUGAUGACGCGUGCAAAACUGGCUUCUACGGACAAAGCUGCGCCAUGGACUGUCACUGCGACACGUGUCAUCACGUCACUGGAUCGUGCGUUGGGUCUCUUAAAUGCCACGAUGGGUACACUAUUGACAAUGGUUUCUGUACACCCUGCACAACUGGCUUCUACGGACAAAGCUGCGCCAUGGACUGUCACUGCGACACGUGUCAUCACGUCACUGGAUCGUGCGUUGGGUCUCUUAAAUGCCACGAUGGGUACACUAUUGACAAUGGUUUCUGUACACCCUGUAAAUCUGGUUUCUACGGACAACGCUGCUCUAGGGAGUGUCACUGUGACACGUGUCACCAUGCCAAUGGAUCGUGCGUGAUGUCCCUUCAAUGUCACGCUGGGUACAGGAUGGAAAAUGGUUUCUGUACAAGUGAGGUAUCUAUCUCUCCAACAGAGAGGCCUGAGAGUCAUUGUGACAGGUAUUAUAACGCCUUAUUAGCUGUGUCUUCUGUCCUUGGAGUUGUCGUAGCAGCUGCAAUAGUAGUUUUUGUGGUUUACAGCAUACGAAAACAUCGACAAACUGCUGGAGGAACUCGUUCUAACAGAGAAUCGUCUACUCACACGUACGACGACUUGACACAAAGAUCAACAAACCCUGGCCACUAUGACUGCCUUCAAAUGUCAAACAUUGAUCAAGAGGGUCGCUCAUAGAAUGUACACAAAUGUCGUUUCGUUGUCAGUAUAAAAAUACGUGCAUACCUUGUCGAUCCCGUUGUAAAGAAUUGUAUAGGAUUUGUGUUUUGAAAUGAGUGAUUAAAGCGUUUAUAUAUUCGUUAAGUAAAUUAACUCUUGCAGUUAUUAAAUAGUUUUGUUAUCAGAUUUUAAAGCUUUACCAAAUCAAGGACAAUGUGUUAUAACUAACUCUCUUAAGACUUGCUAGAGCAACAGAAGGCGAACAUUUGGGAAGAGAAAAAAGCGAGCACUCAAUCUUGUAUGGGACUGAUAUUACUACACAUAGUUCUGUCAACAAUCGUACAGAUGUUAUUAUAAAAACUAGUUUUGAGUUGCCAAUCGCCAAUCUCAACAUUAUAAUAGUGAUUGUUCAUGCAGCCAACAAUGUCACAAUACGUUUAGAACAAUUGAUACCCAUGCGGAGAAUAACUGAAAAUAGAAUCUGUUGCGCAGAGACACAUGAUGAUAACCAACACAGCCAUGAAUUAUCAGUCAAGUAUCUUCAGAAUAUAUCUUCACGUUUAUGUAGAAAAUCGAAUUAUUUUUGUUGCAUACAUACAUGAUGUCGUCUCACUUUACACACAUUCCAAUCAUCAAAGUUUGCUUUUAAACCUAUAUUACUAUAUUUAUAUAUAUAUUGAUAUUCGAUCACGUUAAAUUGCAUUAUUGGCUUUGUCAUUGAAACGUAUUUGUUAAAUACAUUAACAUCUGUCGAAAUACGCAUAUGUUUUUGUUUCUUGUUUUUCACUAAAUAAACAUAAUACUUAAUAGAAUUGGCAAUAACUAUUCAUAUUUAUAUCUUACUACAAGUUAGUGUAAUCCAUAUAUUAUUUUUAUGCAAUUUGAUUGUUGAUAGCACGGAAAUACUUACUUUCAUAUCGAUGCAUGUUCAAAGAACAAGUCAAUGUAUGGAAUUAUGUGAUCAAAUGGUUUGUUAAAAUUAAUAGUCUAUAUUUUUAAGUUUUACUAAUUUUGACCGUAUUCGUAUACGUGUACUUAAAGUAAUUUUAGCAUCGAUAAUUCAUCCAAUGCUUGUACAUAUAUCAUAGUUCUUUUAUAUCAAUGCGUUUAUUUUAGUUUCUUUUUAGGUAAUAUUGAUUAGUUUAAUUACCAAUGCUUAUGCUCUAUCAGUCUCUCUUUGUGUGUAUAUACAUAGUUUGUAAUUGUUUUUAAUAUAUUGUAUAUGUUAUCAAAUAUAUUUGUUUUUUUGUAUAAUUCACUUAGUUUUAACUGAAUAUGUUGAGCAGCUGAUGAAUGCAUUACACACACACGUAUUCUAAACAAUUAAAUAAUGUUUAAUCAUUAAAAUAAAAGUAAUGCGUAUUACUACUAGAAUCAAUAAAUAUGUCGGUAAAUUAAAAUCUUAGAUCUUGUUUAUCUUUCUUUUUUGGAGGUACAUACGGAGUAAUUUUUAUACGUGAGCAUAGAAUAUAGAGUAAACGUUUAUACUCUAUACACGUAUCGGUCAAAGGAAACAUGUGUGAUGAAACAGUUGUAGAUAAUUGCUGAACUAAGAACACACGGAAGUCUAUUUUCCUAUAUUUAUCCAGUCCCUCGUUUAAUCCAUAAAACGAGGAUCAAUUUCGCGAUAUAAUUAACAAGGAGUUUGCUAAUAAUGUCUAAAUUAGCGUUGUGACUUCCUUCGUGAGUUCAGUUCGCCACGAGAUUCAUCAUUUGAAUUAACUUAAGAGUAGGUUGUCACGUAUUAUCAGUGCAGUAAUUUAAGAGAAGAGGGUUUAUUACGUGUUUGCUAAAUAUAUCUACAUAAAACACUUCAACCUUGGCUUGACGAUUUUGGAUCAUGUGUAUGAUUUGAACAAACUUUGUAAAUGAUCAUUGGUUAGUAUAAAGUACUUUACCUCCGCCAAUUACAGGUUCAGAGAAAACAGAAAAACUGAUUUUGCCUAUAACGUCAUAAUAAAAAAUGAAACCCUCGUUUAACGUAAAGUGUAUGUAUUUUGUUGUUUUGUAUUAUGCAGUCGGAGAUAUUUGUAUUUGUGUCAUUUUUCAUAAAGUGCCAUUAGUAAAAAUAAUUGUGUCAUACUUAUUUUAAUCACAAUAUUUGUUUUGUUUUAAAGUCUUUUAAAUUAAUAGGCCCUCCAUUUGUUCUUCACUGUAUAUUAUAGAGUUUUCUGAUGUGAAUAUAAGUAUAUGAUUACACUAUCCACCAACAGCUUCUUAAGCACAUGUUACUCAUGGUUCGUGAUGUACGCUUGAUAUGACAUCACACAGUUUAAAUGAAUCUGUGACACACACACACGCACGCGCACGCACGCGCACGCACGCGCACGCACGCACACACACACGCACACAAUUUAUUAGCAUGAAGUAAGUUUUCAUGUAUGUUAGAUUUAUUAACAUAAAUAGGCAUACAUGUAGAAUGAACGUGUUUAUAAUUGUGUUCUACAAUGUUGGUCAUAAUAAAGUUUGCCAAAUCGUUCUAAAAGACAGUGUAAUGGUUACCUGAGUAGUGUGUUAAUGGCUCAUCACGAGUAGUGAAACUUAAAAUUGUCCUUUUACUUUGUAGUGAAAAUGUCAAUAAGUGUCACGUCUUGUUUUUGUUUGAUUAACAAACAUAAACAACACGCAUGACCGUACGGCCAAUGACCUAACUUUUUAUUUAAGAUUCUUGUUGUACUUAGAAAAAUGUUCGGGAGUCACACACAAUGGUCGCUAAUUGAAUAUAAUUAUUUUAAUUUUUAUGAAUGUUUAAUAUUGUAUCAUUCAUAAAUAUAUCUCUCUUUAUCUAUCUUUUCUCUCUUUGUCCUUACUAUAUAAUGUGUACAAUCAAGAGAAUUUUGACCGGUCACUGUUUUAUUUGGACUUCGCGCGCGUGAUAAAUAAAAGUGAUCGAAUGACGAUUUAUUGUAUUUCGAUGUUUAUACUGAAAAUUGUCUGAAAAUAGAAUAAUAUGUGUUGUGUGUGAUAAUAUUUUUUUAUUAUUUAAAACAAAAUAUUGUCUUAUAGUUGGAACAUAUUUUAAAAGUGUAGCUACUUUCUGGAUAUUCAUACUAUCAUUAAUAGCGAUUCAUUCAUAAUUUGUCGAAUGUUCAAUAGUGCAAAAAAUAUAUUUCGAAACCAGAGAUAUCAACACAUUUCGGAAAAUAUAUAUAUUUAUCAUCUGAAAGUGUGUUAUGAAUUACCGUUGUUACACUUAUUAUUUACGAUAUUCAGUAUCGUUGUAUUCACAUGACGAAUCUCCUAAUGAUGAUGAUGACUAGUUCAUAAUUUGAAUAUUCUAUAGCUGUUUGAUACAUGUUCAUGUACUUUAUUUGCAAUUUUUAUACAAAAUAAUGUAUUCCUUUGUUUUCAAGUUUUACUAUUCGAUAAAAAUGUCUUUUUUACACGUGUAUGGGAGGCAUCAAUGUAAUACAUAAAAAAUACUUUAUCUUUGUUUCGUUUGUUUUGCUUACAGUGUUUGUAAUAAAUGUACAGUUCA